AUGAGUUGCAAUACACCACCACCCCCAUUAACUGAUGAAGAUAUUGAGGAAAUAGUUGCAAAAAAUCAAAUGAAGAAAGAUAUCUUGUUUGACAUUAUAAAAUCAAAGAAAGAUCAAAUUGAGGAAUUAAUCAAAUUUUUACCAAAAAUCACCAACAACAACAACAACAACAAAUCUAAAAACGACAAACAAAUGGACGGGAUGUAUUUUCCACAUUAUCAACUUAUAAAUUUUGAAUCUUUAUCCAAAUCAAACUUAUUUAUUUUUAGCAAAAAUAUUGCCAAUCUAACUGGUUUAAAUUAUCCUUUUAUUUUUCAAAAUAAUUUCAUUUCAUUAUUUCAAGAAGUUGGAGAAAAUUCAUUAAGACAAAUAAAAAUGGUCAUUGAAACUAAAAAACACCUUCAUUUACAUUCAAAUGGAAGAGUAUGUGCUAUAAUAAAUGAGAAAUUUGGAGAUGCAAAAAUUGAAAAUUUAAAUCUUAUAAGUAAUAAGAUGAUAGAUGAAGAUAGCAAAAGCCGUACUAUUGACUUUGACAUUAUAUAUCAAAAUCACGUGAUUAAGAUAAUAAAUAUCUAUUUUCCAAAUAAGAACACUGAUAAUAUCAGACUUACUCAAAUAAAAACCCUAAGAGAAGAGUUGAAAAAAUAUGAUACAUUAAAAAUAUUCACUGGGGAUAAAAAUUUGGACUUAGAAUCAAUUAAUAAAAGCUUAAAUUCGGAAAUUAAAGAAUUGAAAUCUAUAGCUGCUGAAAAUCAAUUUGAAAAUUUAUCAUGUUUAGUGAAUCAAGAUGAAACUAUAGUUACAAAUUUUAAUUCCCAUUCCUAUCAGCCUGACUUAUUCUGGGUUUCAAAAUACUUAUACAAUUCUAUUGGAUAUAUUGAAUUUGGAUUUGACAAAAACUCCAGUCAUAGUUUUAAUAGAUAUUAUUUUACAAAUGUUAAUGGUCCGUUAAUCAAUUUAUCUAAUAAUACAGAAAAUGAAGAAAUUUUAAGAGAAAGAAAUAGAAAAGCGGGAGAGAAAAAUAACUUGAAGACCAAAAUUAAAAAAUUAAAGGAUGUGAAUGACAAAUCUUUAAAUUCAUUAAAAAAGUAUGAAAAAGAUAAAAAUGAAAUCAAUAAAAAUAAUGAAAAUAGUGAUUUACAAAUUCAACUUCAAAACCUAAAUUCAAAAAUUGAUUUAACGAAAAGGUCAUUAAAUGCAUAUUCAUUACAAUUACCUGAAUUAGAAAACGAUUUCAAGACUUUAUCAGAUGAGAAGCAGAAUUUAAUUGAUAAACUUAGAUCGGGUUUUAAUAAAGCUGUUAUUAGUAAAUUGGAAUAUUUGUUGAUUCAAUCUUUGAAUCUUAAUACAGUUAAUGCAUCAUUAUCAAAGCUUUUUGACAACUCAAUUCAUUCAAGCAAUAAAAGAAAAUAUGAAAGCAUGAAAGACGAAUCUAAUAAGGUUGAUCAAUUAUCACCAUUAGAAGGGCAUACUAGUACUGAUAAUAAAACUGAUGCAAUAGAUGUUGAAACAAAUACUACCAGCAAAAAAAUGAAGAAGAAUUUGAAAAGAAAUAUUAAAUAUCAACAAAUAACAACAUUUCAUGAUGAAUCAGUUUCCGAUUCUGAUUCAAGUACAGACUCAUUUAAUUUUACAAAUUCGAAACCAAGUUUAACUUCAUCAACAGGAUCUAAUAAUUUGGAAGUAUCAAAUUCAAAUAGAAUCAAUAUUAAACCAAGAUCAAUUAAAAAAGUUUCAUUAUUUGAUUCAGAUUCAGAUUCAGAUUUGGAAAAACAGACAGGGUUAGGUGUAGACCAAGUUGCAGUUACAGGUUCAAUAAAAACUUCUGAAGUAUCUAACAAAAUACAAAUGAAAAGAAAUCAAAAAUUUGAACAAGUAACAACAUUUAAUGAUAAAUCAGAUUCAGACUCUGAUUCCAGUAUAGAUGUAGUAGAUUCAGCAAGAUCAAAUUUAAAUUCAAACGCCAGUUCAAACCUAUCCAACAAGUCCAAUAAUUUGGAAGUAUCUAAUUCAAACAAAGUUAGUAUUAAACCUAAACCAACUAAAAAAAUUUCAUUAUUUGAUUCAGAUUCAGAUUCAGAUUCAAAUACAAAUACAAAUACAAAUACAAGUACAAAUGCAAGUACAAAUACAAAUACAAAUACAAAUACAGAUUCAGAUUCAGGUUCAACUUUAGAGGGCUUAAACACAGUACAUCCUAAACAAAUUAAAGAAGAUUCAAGAGAUAAUUUUAGUUCUUCAACAAAUGCAUCAUCAUCCGAAUUUUUCAAGGAAGAUUUAGAUAUUUUUGAUGAAGAAAGAGUUGAUGAAGGAUUUGAUUCUAACCAGGGAAUACAAUUGUAUAUAUUAAUAUAUAUUAUGAAAAGGUAUCAUUUGGAGAAAACUCAAAUUGGAGUCACUAGAUUAAGAAAUAUAAUAAAUGAUCUUGAAAAAUUAGAUAUUUAUGCAAAAAAUUUAUUUACUGAAAAUAAACUUUUUAGAACAUUAAAGAAUUUGAAAAAAUCACAAUCCGUUAAUUUUGAUAAAGAUGAUUUCAAAAUGACUUUCAAAGAAGAAUUUAUUGACACUAAAUUAAUUAAAAGAAAAGAAGGAGAUAUUAAUGUGUCAUCUGGUGGUAGUACUUUUUUUGUUCACGAAAUAGUUAACAUUGUGAGAUUAUUUAAUAAGGUUGGUUGUAACUUUAGAUCAAUUAGUAAAACUUUGAAUAAAUUAUAUGCCACUAAAAGAUUUGAUGCAAAUGGUAUACAAAAACAACUUGAGUCUCUCAUUAACACAAACCAAGUCAUUAAUUCAACCGAUGAACAAGAAACAAAUUUAGUUAGAAUUGAAGCUUUAAGAUUUACUAGAAAAUUUCUUGGUAAUGCUAUUAUCAAUGUAAAUCCAGAAGAUGAAGAGUAUGAAUUACUUAAUAUAGACUCAAUUACCAAAACUAAAAUAUUUCCCGUCUUAGAUGUCAAUUAUGAAAUAGAUCCAAUAUUACCGAUUGAAGGCAUCUUUGAAAAAAUUCAUAAAAAAAUACCUAAUAGAGUUAAAUUACAUAAAGAUGUUGUUGCUCACGUUAACAGUCAAAUUCAUAAUAAAGUUGAACCAAGGAGGUACAAAUGGAAAGGUUUUCCGAUGACAGAUGGAUUAACUCAACACGCAUUAAGAUCAUUAUGGGGUAGAAUUAAACAAUUUCACUAUAAAUUCGACCCAGAAAAAGGCUUAUAUGUAGAAAGAGAUGCAGAAGAAGUUUAUGGCUUGAUCAGAGAAAGUAGAUUAUCAAGAAACAAGGAGACUGCUUUAGUGGAAGGUGAAUUUGAGUGGAGUCAAGAAUUUGAGGUUCUACUUCUUAAAAGUAUUGAUCAACAUAAAAAAGUAGAUGGAACACCAGAUUUUCCCAUGAUCCGACAAUUAUAUUUCAAGGAACUAAAAUUAUCACAAAUUAGAGCCAAAUAUAGAAGGUUAUGUCUUAAACAUGGUGAUUUAAGUUGUGAUGAAAUAUCGAUCAUCUAUGAAAUGAUGUCUCAAUAUCUUGCUUCACCAGGAGAAUUUCAAAUAAGAAGAAACACAAGUAUUUUUGGACUAAUUACAGAUCAAAUCAAAAAAAAGUUGAAUAUUCUUAGACUUCCACGUACCGCAGAACAAUGGUGGUUAAAUUGUGGUUUGAUGAUUUACAAUUUUAGAGAAGAAGAUGAAUGA